ACCAAAAUCGGCUGAAUACCAGCCCCCCAAGUGCCCGCCCCAUCGGAUUUUGUCUCACGCGCUCUCACACGACACAUCAAAAAAGACGCGACGGGCUUCGUUAAGACAGAUCAAGAGGUUCCCAAUAAGCGGAGUAACAGAGGAAGACAAAAAAGAGUCACAGAGAACAAAAAAAAAGAAUACCAUAUCAAUUGCUACGCCUUUGUUUUGAACCUCGCGCGCCCUUUAGAAUUGGAGACAAUUUGGACGCCCGCCCGCCGCGUGAGCGACUGAAUUGAUCGCGACCACGGCCGGCCGGACUGGGACCACGGAACAACGAGCCCGUAAAAUUUGAAUCACAGGAUUGAAGACCAAAUAUCAAAGCUUCGAUAACUGACCGAAUCCUCAAAUUCGCGCGGAUCGCAAUCGACAAGAGGAAAGCAUCUUUCUUGGACCUAGACGAACGGGCCAGAAGCGAUUCCUCGGGAUUCUUCAAAAAUCUUUUGAAACCUUCACCCCAUCAGCCGGCCCCUGUUUCGUUCUAAAGUUGCGCGCUGUACGGUACAUUCGAAAAUCGCUCAAGAUGUCGAACGCAGUCGUAGGAACGGUCUACGAGCAGAUCAUCAAGGGGGUCAUGGAGGCGUCCCGGACCGACUUUGAAGAUAACGGCUUCGGAGAAAGUGAGAUCAACGAACUGCAGCAGGUAUGGCAGCAGAAGUUGACCACUAUGGGGGCUGCCUCCUUCCCUUGGGAUCCAAAGCCUGACGCACCCACACCACCUCCGCCACCAGCUCAAGCGGACCAACACCGUAUGCCCCCUACGGCUAACUACACGCAAGCUACAUUGAGCCCCCCUACUGCAGCUCAGCCUGGCCUGGCAUUGCCGCGUCCCAACCCUCCCGCCAACAACGGUGUGCAGCAAAAGAAGGAUGCUACCAUAGGUGAACCCGCCAUAAAGCUGGAGCCUGGCACUCAGCCUGUGGGACAGUUCGCACCACCCGCUGGUAACGCCACCAAUAUUGCCCAGCAGCGGGCGAUGCAGAACAUUGCCAACUACGCCGCCGCCAACAACAUGAUGCAGAGCGGCGCCCAGGCCCAACAACAGCGCAUGCCAAUGCCUAUGCCCAUGCCCCCCGCUCAGGCACAGCAGCAGCAGCAGCAGCAGCAGCAGCAGCCGCAGCUUGCACAACAGCAAGCAUAUCAACAACACCAACAACAAAUACCCUCCAACCCACAACAGCAAAUGCAGCCCCCGCAACAGCCUCAAAACGGGUCCCUUGGCCAAUCUCAGACGGAUGGUCCCGCUCAUGAGGAAGACACCUGGGAGGCUGUUAUGAUGCGUCGCAACGCUGACGGCAGCGCAACGGCAAUGGGUCGUGUUGAGGUUGACCGGAUGCUGCAUGCAAAAAUUGCUGCCCAGGCCAAGGCCAUGGAGGGCGGUGGGCUCAUGGUCCCGCUCAAGCAGGUCAAGACGAAGAAGAACAAGGAUCGUCGCCGUCGGGCAGCUCCCCAAGCCACCAUUACUGGGCCUAGCACCAGUGGCGGCAGCGUCCCGCAGGUUGACGGACCUGACGAUGAUGAUGGAGAUGAAGACCUUGACGACGCCAUCAACUCUGAUCUUGACGACGAUAACGAACCCGACGAGAGUGACGAGGAUGGAGACGAGCUGCAACAGCAAAUGCUCUGUCUUUACGACAAGGUCCAGCGCGUCAAGAACAAGUGGAAGUGUACUCUCAAGGAUGGUGUCCUCUGCGUUAACGGCAAAGAAUACGUUUUUCACAAGGCGACUGGCGAAUACGAAUGGUAGGCGUGUUGGUGAAAGAGGGAAUAGAAACAGAAUCCUCGAGUUUCUUCCACAGGCGGCGUCAUUGCGCGAUACCACACCCAGUAUUGACACCAUUUUCUUCCUCUUGUUUGAUUUAAGUUACACGGCUUGCUGUGAAGAUGUAGCCGUAUUCUUUUCAAGGCAUCCAGAUUGCUUUGUGGUUUUGGACAGCCUACUGAAAGCUCGGGAAAGAAUGGAAACCCAUCUGGUUUGGGAGGCAAGAGGUGGACAGGGAGGAGACUGGAGGGGGGGGGGGGGGGGGGG